AUGGACGAAGAAAAAAAACCAGUCCCUCUUCUCCUGACACCACAGGAACCCAAGAAGCCCGACAGGACGAAAUUAUGUCUCCUCACAUUGGCCUUUGUCUUUUCUGCCGUAAGUGGCAUAGGACACUGGAAUAAGUAUACUAGAAGCGCGGAGUAUUUGUCGCUGACGCCUGAAAAUAAGCCUAUCAGUGAAGAUGAGCUUAUGAAGCAUUACAGUCCUGAGGACAUGUGGAUGGCCCUCUCCCACAACGGCAAGCUUCGUGUCUACGAUGUGACAAAGUUUGCGGAGUAUCACCCCGGAGGCUAUGACCUCAUUGCAACGAAUGCAGGCACAGACGCCACCGAGGAAUUUCGUUGCGCACAUGCCUACGUCAGUGCGGAUAUGAUUUCACGCUUGCAAAAGGGCUACCUUGUGCGUUCAGCGCAUCGGAAGUCCAUGCCAAACUUUCUUUCACCACGUUUGCCUACCGUCCGACCGCUCCUGUCGGGGGAAAGGGUUGAAGGCCGCACGAAGCCCACGUGGGACUGGAAGACGAUUUCCUCGUCGAGUGUGGCCCUCGAGGUCGCCCUUGCUCUCCAGCGGUUGCACUCACCAUUACCCACCACCCACUGCCUGGCAGUUUGUAGCAGUCAGACGGAUGGAGCUUCCCUCCUGACGCUUCGCGUUCUACGCAACCGAGACUACUAUCUCCUGAAACUGCGUCUUCUGCCCAUCUUCCAUCCAGAUCUCACAAGUUUGGCUUUGGACUCCUCGUCCGAUCGUUCCUCUACCAGCUGGACUGUCGAGGGACCGGCCUCGUCCUCCGUGUCGAGCGUGUUAUCUGGUGGAGCGCAUUUACUGAAUCCCCGACUGACUCUAGACCUUCGUGUGGCCUGCAACACCGAUGAGCAGUCCCGACUACAGCAGUUUUCGUCCCUGGGAGCCAUUCUGGAAAAUCGAAUCGAACCCAAUCUUUGCGAUGACAUUUUAGAUCGGAUUUUUGAGUGUCUUUUGUUGUCUGUUCAUUUAUCAUAGGACUUCUUCUCCUGUCGUGUUGUCACUUCUCGUCGUUUGGCCAACUCCGUAUAUCGUCAUUUGCGUCUCCUCUACCCCGCCAACGAGGUCCGAGUCGGCGUUCCUCUCCUGCAUCACGUUUUCCUGAGGUUCACGGAUGCUAGUGGAGAACCGCAUACUCGUCCGUAUACGCCCUGCUGUAUCGAAUUUGAGCCCUCAGACAGGCAGGAGAGCGAAGCAACCGUGAACUCCCUGGAUCUUCUAGUUAAAGUCUACGAACUGGGCUGUGUAUCUACGAUAUUGGAUAGAUUGCGACCA